AUGUCGGCUGAAAAUUUUGUUGGCUCUUGGAACCUUGUCGAUUCUGAGAAUUUCGAUGCUUAUCUGAAGCAAAUUGGUGUCGGAAUGAUAACGCGUGGUAUUGCUAGAAAUGUGAAACCGACAUUGACAUUUACCGUAGAAGGCAAUAAGUGGAAAAUCGUAAGUGAAUCAACCUUCAGAAAGCAUGUUUGGGAGUUCGAACUUGGAAAAGAAUUCAAUGAAACAACAGCUGAUGGACGACAAGUGAAAAGCAUAUUUUUCUUCGAAGAUGAUGUUUUGGUUCAAAUCGAAGAACCAGUCCAACCGGAAUAUAAGAAAAGUAGGUUUGAGCGUUAUAUCGACGAACAGGGCCGCUUAAUCAUUAAAUGUGAAUCAGAAGGUGUAGUUGCAAAACGAAUCUAUAAGAAAGCAGAGUAA